AUGUUAGACGCAACAGAAAGGGACCCGGUGAUGCUGCAACUUCGCGACUACGCCAGCACAUCAUGGCCCGACUCGAAGGAUGACGUACCGGAUGAGCUAAAACUAUACUGGAACUAUCGCGAUGAAAUUCACGUGGAAGACGGCCUGCCACAACUAUCUGGUUUUAUCGACAACUACAUAUCCCUGCUACAGAUGAAGGCCUACACGUCCUUAGGGGCCCAGAAUUACUUUACAAGCGGAUGGCUGAAGGGCCUCAUAACGAUGCAGCUACCAUCCAAGCGUAUCGUCGUUCUGAGCGAGAGGCUGAAUGCUGAAGUCGUGCCACCAUCGCACCCAGUUGUGCCACCUGCUCCAACAGAGGAAGAGCUUAAAAUCUUCCAUUCCAGACUUUCAGAUGCUGGAGCUGUAGCUGCACUCUUCAUGAUCCACCCGCAGUACAGUGACAAGGUGCUGGCCGAACUUGUCAUCAGUGAAGAAAUGGUAGCGAAUGUAGAAAAAAUCUCUAACCAGCUGUGCCACCGUAUAAUUCGCUGGCUGCACACCGACCCGUGCAAGUAUGACCAGCAUCCUGCAAAAAGGGACUUGUAUAGUGAAGCGGCCAGACACCUCGUCUUCAAGUAUCGGCAGUUGGGAGAUCCACCAGGCUGUGGCAUUGCUACGGCAUCAAGACCGCCCAAAGACGAAGGGGGAGCACAUCGCCGAGUCUCCGACAGACGCAAAGUUUGUAAAAGAUCUUCUCCGUGCAACAGGACCGACAGGGAGCUUUGCAACAGAAGCCUAUCGGGGGUUCACUGUCGGCGAUUUGUGAAGAUGGAGAACGCCAAGGAGCCAAGGAAGGCCCUGACUCCCGAAAAAGUCUGCAGUAUUCGUGCUGCUUUCUCCACCUUCGUUGGGGAUGCCCCGAACAAGAAGCGGCGGAUAGACCUAAUGAACAAGUAUGUGGCCACCUUCCUGCAAGACAAGGCCAACCAAUGGAGAAAGCUGGAGGUCAAGUCUGCACUGCAGCUAGCAGCAGAGCAGCCACCAGCUCAGCAGCCGGCUACCCAGCAGCUGGCAACCCAGCAGCCUGCUGAGAGCGGGUAGACUACUACCCAAGGGGGCACGAAGUGUGGGAGUAUUUCGGCAAAAUUAAUGCUUUUUACCGAAGCCAUAUUUCCCGAUGCACUUAAAAUUCCCCCUGGCAACCUUCAAUAAAGUUAUUAUGGUAUAUCUUAAUUGGAUUAUUAAAACAUUUAAUGCCCCACAACAUAUAAAAUAGCUAGGAAUCAACAAUGUAUCUAGAAUGACUGGUGGAGUGGCAUACACAUGAUAAAUAUAAUAUGCUUUCCUCUUUUUUCUAUGUAUACAGUUGAAACACAUUUUUUUAUUACAUGCAUGAACUCAAUUUUCUAUACCACCUUUUGAUAAAUUCAAAAGACACAAUCAUCAAUAAUAAACUUAUCCUACAUGCAAGGCUUUAUGGUGCCCCAAAUUUCUUACGCUAUGAUGCUUCACUUUAUUGUUUUCACACAAGAUCUUGCAACUUCUCGUUCACGUACAAG